AUGGACGCUGCCGAGCGCGUCGUUGAGAAGGUGCACACUCUGAGCGACCUCGAGCUCGCCGCGCUGCUGUGCCUGGCCUCUGAGCAGCACGCCAUCAUCGAAGCUGACGCUUCCCAACUCGAUGCCUUGAUCCAGGAGCUUCAGCUGAUUGCCGGCAGCGUCUUUGGUCUCUCCAGCACUGUCCUGGAGUGCUCCGAGAAGACGACGCUUGACGCAUUCGGCAAUGGCCUGCUUGUAGAAGACGAAGACGUAUCAUACUUCUCUUCGCCCCCAAGCAUCUCCCGCGAGACGGACACCUUCUCCACCUUCCGUCCGCCCCAUCGCCGGAGCCCCAAGUCCCCACUCGAGCCCAAUCGGAAGAUUGCAAACGUAGUUAUCGCAAGGAACCUUAACCUUUCUCCGCGCCAGGUGCAGACCCAAGCUCUGGAGCUGAUCCGCGGGAAGCGCAUCUUCACCCGUACCGCAGUGCAUCCUACACCAAAGCGAUUUCUGUUCAUCGCUCUUCUAGCGUCUGAUCCUGACAUAAGUCUAACGCCUCACCUUAAUAAUCAGUUCUUCAUCUCUCAUUUCCACCAAGAUGAAGAUGGUUUGCCCAACCUGCAGGAGUACCGAGACCUGGACGAAGAUCAAAUUUCGUUAUCCUCUGUCGUGCGGCCGUCGUCGAUGAUACUCGGGUCCCCGAAAGCAAUAGCGAAGUCACCUCUCUUUUCCCACGAUGAUCUCGAAUACAUUACGAAGCUCGUGGGCGAAGUCCGCCUUAGCUCCGAAGUGUUCGCUUACAUGCACAAUGUGAUUGCGUUCCUGCGUCUGCACCGGGCAGUCAGCGGAGGUAUAUCAGCACUGGCGACGCGGCACUUUGAAUUGUUGGUGCGUGCUCUUGCGCCGCUGCACGGGCUGGAUUAUGUGCCACCAUCUCUCGUUGCCCUUGCAGCGCGAAAGAUCUACCCACACCGUAUUCUAUUGACGGCACCCGAAAACGACCGUAGCAUGCAGUGGGGCAGCUCGUUGGAGGCCGUGAGAGAGGUGUUGGACGGCGUGACCGUCGACGAUGUGAUCGAGGAAGUGCUCCAACAGGUCGAAGUACCAUUGUAG